UUUUUUUUACACUAUAACUUUGAUCUGCUCCAAACGUUAAUCAUCUGGAGACCUUCACCAAGGGAACGUAACUCCCAGGCUUGGUGAAAAUCCAAACAGACACAUGAGCAAUUACAGCACCCUGCAGUACCGCCGGCAUGCGGGGUAAUAAAGGUUGGGUCUGACCUGGACAAGAAAGCAACAAAAACACCAAUGAGCUCCUAGUGGAGCUACGCACUGCUGUGCUGAGUCUCCAGCUUUGAAAAUAGAUUCAGUGACACCAAACAUGAGUUCAGGCUUUCAUGCAGCCAUUUAACUGCAUCAUCAUCAUCAUCAUCAUCAUGAUCACAUGCAGCAGAAACAUGCUUAGCCCCAGGAUGACCUUUGACCACUGACUGUAUGAAGCGAUAAUAAACCAUGACAGUGUAAACACCACCAUUCGUUAGUCAUCGACCCAAUGACAGCGUAAUAAAGCUAACAUCUGAGUGACAGAUUCACACAGGCUACUUAUAUCUGCAGAGCGCACGUCUGUGCUCGUCAGCCGCAGGACUGUAAGGGGGAGUUCUGAAUCAUCCGCUCCCGAGAGGAGACCAUCAGAUAUCAACAACGUAUGACAAAGUCCUGCAGACAGCUGGCGCACACUCAGGAACACGUCACACCCUUUUUCCCCCAGACACUGAUCGUUAAACCGAGCUGGCGGCUGACGAGGAGGCGCGCUCUUCAGAAUAGAGAGGAGCCCGCAGAGGAGGGGACAGGACGUCGGGCAGAGGCUCCCACGGGACAAACCGGAGGAUGGUGCGUGCUUUACUGGAGUGGGAGAUCCCCAUGUCUGUGACCCUGCCCCUGCAGGUGCAGCCCGACCUGGCCCACCAACCUUUCCCCUUCCUGGACACCACGCUGGCUGACCUCGGCAUCAAAGAGUCAGACGUGAAGGAGAGGGUGGUGUGGGUCGAUACCAAGAAGACCCAGGUGAGGAACAAGGCGGGGAAGGUGAAGGAGAAAGAGAUCACACUCGUGGAGGUGCGAGUGAAAGCUCAGAAAGCUGGAGAUCAGCAGCUCCAGGAGGUCCUGUACAGCACAGAGGCCACACUGACCGCUCCUUCUGCCGCACUGGAAUACACAUCAAGCCAUGGAAACACACACUUACAGGGGAGAACGGACUGGCAAUCACCACAGAUGUUUAUGGUGUUCAACAUGAGAAACAAGCUGCCCAAACUUCACCGCGGCACAAGGACAGCGGGAGAAUCUAAGGACAACUGAGCCUUCAUCGAAAAUGGAGUGAAAUUCAACGUGAAUAACCUGAUAAGAAAAA